UCAUGCUAGCUGAAGGAGUCCUGUCUAACUAGCUUUGCUAACUCAUGCCAUGACAACUUGGGUUAUUUAUUCUGAUUGUGUUAUCUCUUUUUUCAUGGACACUGGGAUUUAGAAUGGAAACAACUUGUGCGUGAAGGUCGUUGUCUUGUUUGCCAAGAGGAGCCGAUAGGAUAGUUAACCUCAGUUAACUAGCCAGUAAGCUAGCGCGGCUAACUGUAACAUACUCACACUGCCUGCCAUCACGACCAGCACAACAGACACCAAGCCAAGCCCGCAAGUCGGCGUUUCGACGUUUCUACCAUUAUCAUGGAGAAGGCGGAUUUCUUGAAAGGACUUCCUGUCUAUAAUAAGACCAACUUCAGCAGGUUUCAUGCAGACUCUGUUUGUAAAGCAUCUAAUCGGAGGCCCUCUGUGUACCUUCCAACACGUGAAUACCCCUCUGAACAGAUUAUUGUAACAGAGAAGACCAACAUCCUACUGCGUUACCUCCAUCAGCAGUGGGACAAAAAGAAUGCAGCAAAAAAAAGGGAACAGGAACAAGGUGAGGGCGACAGCCCAGCACCCCCAAGGAAGAUCGCCAGGACAGAUAGCCAAGAGAUGAAUGAGGACUCAUAAGUGUGUGUGUGUGUGUGUGUGGUGUGUGUGUGUGGUGUGUUGUGUGU